AAAGUAUUCAAAAUGACAUAUUGGUGAAUUAUGCAACGGUAGUCUCUACGAAUGCGGCUGCCAAGCAGCUGCCGCGCUUUGUCUUACCCUUUACCAAUCUUUGUUUCAGGUGCUGUGUCGCGUUGUCUCAUCAGGAAUGAUCACCGACAAACAAUGGCUUUUCGAUCAUUUCAUCUCAGAUCUGAGAUUACUACUUCCUCCAAUGCUAAAAGCUACUUUGCUUUAUCGUAUUGUAACAUCACACAUUGAUUCCAUUUUAUAUUUUCAGUUCAUUGUUCCUCAUCUAUCUUGCCUUUGUAUGGAUCCAAACUGGGGUGUUAGAAAGGCGGUUUGUGAAGUGUUUGUGGAAGUGGCGCGCCAUACUUCGCCAAAUGUUCGACGUGUACAAUUAGCACAGACAUUCGUGAAACUUCUGCAUGAUCCGUCACGUUGGGUGUGGUACACGGCUUUCCAGGAGUUGGGGCCAUUCAUAGCAACUUUCGCUAACUCAAAACUUUCUGGGUUAAAAAUAAUGGACGGACAGGUAUAUAUUUGCCUAAUAUCCAUAUUAAAAUUCUGUGUUUGCGAGUCAAACGACUAUUCAGAUUUUGAAGACCUUCCUGCGGGUUGUUGUAUGCCAGAAAUUGAUGCAGAGGAGGUAGUGGAAAACAGCGGACAAGAAUUAAAGUCUCGUGAUGAUGAUGUACAGUAUGUUCCCUUUUUUAUUUAUCAUGCAAGCGAAUUCACCGAUGAUUUACCACUUUGUUUCCAACAAAAAUUUGGUGAUAUUUCUAGUGAGGAUGAGGAUUCGUACCGUGGUGACCGUAUCAGCAUCGCCGCGAAGUGUAAUUCAUGGGACGAUUUAUCCAAGUCAGUGCUUCCUUUAAACGAUUCUGUUAAACCUUGUUUCAAACUCCUUUUUUCAAAACUCUGUUCACCUCAUAUUAAUUCUUUCAGUGACGAACUGGUUGAGUUCGGAUCGUCCAUAUCUGUGCCAAAUGCGCAUUCCUUCUUAGAGCGACGUUUUGAUCUACUGUACGUGUCGCCGGAACGAAGCUGCACUUCGACUACAAGUCCACAUCGAACUCGAAGUAGUGCGGCAAGUUCAGAGGGUGAUGAUCUGUGUUCACAGAAUCUCGACGGAUCUUUCGAAGAAGAAGCAAUCCAGGUUUUCCUAAUAGUUCCUCAAGAACUGGUUGACAACUUCAUGGGAAUGGUUUUGCCUAGUGGAAAGGUGGAUUCAGACAUAAAUCGACAUUGCGCCCAUAAUUUCCCUGCUGUAGCGUACACUCUUGGAAGGGCUAAUUGGCCACAGUUGAGAGAGACCUACAACAAACUUGCUACCGAUGAUCAGUCUAGAGUGCAUCCCAAUCAAGAAAAAGUUGCUGAGCUAUUAGGUUGUUCGGAAAUUGAUGUUCGACUUGUAAUAUUUUUCUUUUACAUGCCUUAG